AUUAGUAAGGCUGUCACUCACAGCACCCCAUAACCGUGUCAUUUGUUAAAAUAGUUGGAGCAUGCGAGGCACAGGAGGGUUCGAGGGAGGAUCCCAACAGGAUCACCAAUUAUUCAUUUCGAACUUAUCUUCGAAAAUUUCUACAUCACGCAUUCUAAGGGCAACACGUGUUUCUUGUUAUGCUUCACGAGAACAGAAAGACUGACUCAAACUCAACACAAACAUUUUUUAAGGUCCACUGAAUCAAGAAAUCAGAUAUUAAUGAAGAUAUUUUAGUUAACAAACCAUUUUCUGCCAUUGCAAAUAAUAAAGUGGCUAAUUUCUUCUGUAAAACCAAGCCUGAAAAGAUUUUGAAGUAACAUUUUUAAAAAGCCAUAAGAUAAAUCUUUACUUGUUUGUUGUGAUCCCAAGCGUUCAGUUUGUAGUUUUCGGUGACUAGGAGGUACGGAAAGUAUCCAUCAUGAAGGCAGCGAGUGUGAGCACUCAGGGGAGGGCGAGGUAAGUGAUGCUGAGCCAAUGGAGAUACUCGUGCGAGAAGCAUCUGCCCGAAAGCCGACCUAACCGCUGGCAGAACGCUACAGUCUCCGGUGUGAGAUGAUCAUCUGACUGAAGUUUGAAGAAGCUCGCUCUUAUUCACUGACUUUGGGGGAUACAUCCGCUUGAGCAGAACAAAACAAGAAGGCAGUGCAGACUGGAGCUGAUGUUUAUCCCAUGGAUUUACUGGACAGCACAUAUCUGUGACAACAUCAUUUCCCACAAAUCCCAGGAGACUCUUCCUUCUAUGUGGAUUAAAGUCUAUAGCAGGGAAACUGGGAUUUUUCCCAUGUUCUGUAGGAAAUUAGACUUUGGCAUCUGUCUUUUCUCUCUACAUUGACGAAAAGCCAAGGAAAGUGUACUAAAAGCUGACCGACAGGAUUAAUUUAACUUACAAAACUUAAAAAAAAAAAACCAAAGAAGAGCCUGAUGGUGUCAUAUGAUAUGGACUAAUUGUACUCAGUGAGAGCGCCUAGCGGCAGCACUUUGGCUCCUGAUGAAACUGAUGUUUUUCUGCAUAAUUUGUAGUCAGUCUGGAGCCGUUAGCCCUCCUGCACUGUGUGUUGUAGCAUGUGGCUUGGGCUCAACAUCCACAGCAUCUUAAUUACACAGCAGAACCAAUUUAGACCACAGAGAAAGCAUCUGUACAUCUGGAGAUAUGCUGCCAUGUAGAGGGAUGCUCGACGCUGGAGACAUCUGAUCUACUUUCCUCACGUUUUUGGUUCUCUUUAUCUAUGCGAUUACCCAAAAUAAGCCCAAGAGAUCCUCACACAUGCACUUACGGCAGCCAUGAGGGUCGCAACGACACAUUUGGCAGGACUACAGAGCAGCGUUCCAUGUGGAUAAAUUAGUUUAUUUUGUGUCGGGGUUACACAUUCUUGCCAUAUUUGUUUUUACAAUUGCACAGCUCGUGGAAGACAGCAGGAAAGACUUAAAAGGGCCUGAUGCACCUUUUAAGAACAGCAACAAAAAUUCAUAAAUCAUCAAGAGAGAGUGAGGGCUAGUUCUUCACAGACAGUGCUGAAGGAAACGCUCAACUCCCCCCACCUGCUGCCUCUCCUGCUCUCUAGCCUGAUGGUUUGUUGAUGCAUUUGCCUUGAUUUCUGCGUUCCUCAGCCCUGCCCCUCCGUGCCCAUAUAAUGCUCUGUUGCUGGCGUGCCGUCCUGGAGCCAUGCCCAUCCCUGAGAUGGCUUUGAGCCCGGUGAAGUCUCUGUACUGGGAGGUGUUCCCCUCCAUGGCCACGCAGCGGGUGUACUGCAUGCCCGUGCUCUGGGCCGGGCGCCUCUAUGUGCUGGGGGGCUGCAGUGAGAACGGCCUCCCUAUGGACUCUGCCGAGGUGCUGGAUCUGGAGAGCCAGCGCUGGUGCGAACUGCCCCCUCUCCCCACCGCUCGGGCCGGGGCAUCCGCCGUGGCCGUUGGAGACCAUCUGAUGGUCAUGGGAGGCAUGGACGCGCAGCAGAGCCCGCUGGCCUCAGUGGAAGUGUAUCACCCUGACGAAGGCAAGUGGGAGAGGAAGACGGGACUGGGCCAGGCCUCUAUGGGCAUCACCAUUCUGGAGAACGAUGGCAAGGUAUAUGCACUGGGCGGGAUGGGAGCCGACACGACCCCUCAGGCCUCAGUGAGGCUGUAUGAGCCGACAAAGGACCAGUGGCUGCCCCUCACCACCAUGCCUACCCCACGCUACGGAGCCUUCUCCUUCCUGCGUGGUAACAAAAUCUAUGUUCUGGGUGGGCGUCAGGGCAAGAUGCCAGUGACCGCAUUCGAGGCCUUCGACCUUGAGAUGAAGAGCUGGACGCGGUAUCCGUGCAUCCCCAGCCGCAGAGCGUUCUCGUCAUGUGCUGCCAGCGACAGAGCGUUUUUCAGCCUGGGGGGUCUUCAGCAGCCUGGACCCCAUAACUUUUACUCCAGACCUCACUUCGUCUCCACUGUAGAGGAAUUUGAUUGUGAGCAGGGUGUGUGGUUGAAGGCCACGCGGAGCUGUCGCAUGAGAGAGAAGCGGGCAGACUUCGUAGCUGGCUGUCUCGGUGGAUGGGUCAUCGCUGCGGGGGGACUCGGUAACCAGCCGUCCCCGCUGGCGUCAGUGGAGAGUUAUAACCAGCUGAAGAGGAGAUGGGAACCCGUGGCUCCGUUACCCAGCCCUCGCUGCUCCUGUGCCUCCAUUCAGACCCCCAACAUGCUGUUCCUCAUCGGAGGGGUGUCCCAGGGUCCCAGCAACGCCGUGGAAGCCCUCUGUUUGAAAGAGACAGUCUGACACACACUAAUGAAGAACUACACAAAUCCUCACAUGCUGUACUUUCCGGAGUGUAAGCUCUGCAAACACACACGCGCGCAUACUGACGUAGCUGACGUGUAUGUCUCCGACAAAUAUUCACAGACUUUCCCCUCAGAGGACGCAUCAGCUUUAUUUUUUUGAAUAGUGGAGACAAUCUACUGGAGCUUGGACAGCGUUCCACACCUCUGGUCAGAAGAGUUUUGGACUGGAGAUCUAAGACAAGCAAAAAAUACAUAAAUAUAUAAUUCAUCUAACUAUAUUAAAUAUAGCAAUGUAUUAAUAAAUAUAUUUAUUAAUAUAUAUAAUUAUAAAUAUAUUAGUAUUAUAUAUAAAUAGUAAUAUAUAUAUAUAUAAAUAGAUAGACAGGCACACGCAACACUACAGGCGCCUUUGGACUGUAAAGCAUUUUUCAGUGUCAAAGCAGGGUAAUUUUCUGGCAAAAUAAGAGGAACUUAGGGCCAUAUCCACCACGCUGCCACAGCACCCGUCUGAGGUAGCAUGUUUAGCACUUUUUGUACUAUUGACAAACAGAGGAUCUUCUGCACGAGACUUCAGAAAUAGGAGGCGGAUGCGUGUAUGUGUGUGUGUUUUUGUACUUUCACAGCCAUGCACGUAUGAAACUGAGCAUUGUUAUGUGUGGAAAGAGCAACUCUUAAAGUGGCAAAUCACUGAUGCCUCACUGUAGCAUGAGACAGGGGAGAUGGAGGAGGACAUGGUUCAUCUACCUGGUUAACUAAAGGAAUGUUCUGGGUUCAAAACAGGUUUAGCUUGAAAGUAUCUGAAAUAUACUGUCGAUUAGCACAGAUUAUAAUUUUGAUGUGUCCCUUAAAACAAGCAAAAAAUAGUGUUUACAGUGAUUCUCUUGCAUUGGACAUUUAAGGGGCAAGGCAUGUAUUUUUAUUAAAGUGGUUUUAUUAAUUAAUCUGUACAAAAAUCUCUCAUUUAACCUGGAAUUUAUUAAGAUUUUUAGUGUUUUUGAAAGAAAUUGAUUAAACUCACCAAGACUUCAUUUAUUUGAUCAAAUGUUAAGUAAAAUGGUAAU